CGGCGCGGGGCGGGCCGCGGGGGCGGGGACACCGGGCGCGGGAGGCGCGGCCGGGAGCGCCGUGCGCGCGGGGAGCUGGGCGGCGGGCGCCGGGGCUGGCAUGGCGUGGCCCUGCAUCAGCCGCCUGUGCUGCCUGGCGCGGCGCUGGAACCAGCUGGACCGCUCCGACGUGGCGGUGCCGCUGACCCUGCACGGCUACUCGGACCUGGACAGCGAGGAGCCGGGCCCGGGUGGCGCCGCCUCGCGCAGAAUCCAGCCUCCCGAGGGCGCCCGGGACCGCGGCCGGGACGUGCCGCUCACUCAGUACCAGCGUGACUUCGGCGUGUGGACGGCGCCCGCCGGGCCCAGGGAUGUGCCGCCGGGGCGCGGGCCGGGGACGGGUGGCCGCAGGGACAAGUCCUCUGCGCCCCGCACACCCGGCGCCCGCGGGGUCUACGUGCUGCCUGUUGGAGACGCAGACGCGGCUGCAGCAGCGACCACGUCGUACAGACAGGAAUUCCAGGCUUGGACUGCAGUGAUGCCCUCAAGACCCACAAAAGCAAAACCAGCCGGAGUCAUCACAACCCACGGUUCGGGACGGGACAGCAGCCCAGGGGCGGGCUUCCAGGUCCCAGAGGUGAGGAAGAAGUUCACUCCUAACCCCUCCGCCAUCUUUCAGGCCUCAGCGCCACGGAUUCUCAACGUGUGACUGCCUGCGCCGUGACACCAUGGCUGCUGAGAGGACUGGGGAGCAGCCUCAGGACCCACUGCCGCUGGGCCAGGUGAGAGCAGGGCAUGGGCCCCUCCUGGAGGGCACAGCCCUGUCAGAGCUGUCGCCAGGGACCAAGUGCUGGUGUAGAGCAGACACACCAACAGACCUGGCACACCCAGCUCAGCCAAUCCUCCCGAGAAGCCCACAGAAGGCUCACAUGUGUGUGACCGCCAUGUGGCCAUCUGAGGAGCCUGAGGAUCAAGUCAACUGGGAACGAACUGGUCCACAGAAGCUGAGGAAUGUGGACGCAUCAGCCCUUGAAGAACCGGUAACGUCCACUUCUGGUGGGUCUCCCAGGAGGCAUGACCACUUAAUUGAUUUUACAACCCAUGCAAAUCCAAGGUAAGACCCUUGGCUUUUCCUACAAAUGGCCCCUGUGGUUGAAGCUGUAGGCAUCUUGAGCCGUCACCUGCAUGACUCAUGGUGAUGCUGAGUGUCCAGGAGGAAGUUUCCAGAAGAAACAGACCAUCAGUCACGGGGCCUCCACCUCACAGACCUCCUUAUGGCCACAAUGAGCCUCACAUUUUAACAAAACAUUUCUUGGGAUUGAAUGAAUCACUUUUGCCUGUGGUAACUGUCUAAGACUCAGUCCACAUUUUAUUACUAAUUAUUUUUCCCCCUAACAUAAGGAUGACGAGAAAGGCACUGCCAUACAUGCUGGCUAAGAACUGGGAGCAUUUUUGGGAAGGUGGCAUUUGCCUCACUCCCCGAAAUACCUUAAAAUGGCAUCUGCACCAACCCUUCUCUUCCUGUCUACCCUGCUCGCGCGUAGUGAUGGGGACUCACCACCUUUUGAGGAGGUAGUUGAUUUUCUCUGGCAAGCUCUCCUAACUUCCUCCAUAAAUGCCAACCAGCGUGGUCACAAAGGUCAUGCCUGGUCCCUUCUUUGCACAGCAGCCCUUCAAACAUUUGAAGGGUCUACAUCCCUUUUUAAAGCUCAGAGGCACAAGCUGGGGACCAUCUUCAGGAAGGCAAUUUGUGGAUUUCCCUUUGCAUCUUUCUUGCUCUCUAGCCCCCAAGUGACUCUAGUCUGACGUCUAAGCUGCAGGUGGUGGCACUUGGGCCUCAGAGCCACGACAUGCAGGUGGGGCCGUGCCUGCGGCUCUGGCUGCCUAUGCAGCAGCCCUCCCAGGUGCUAGGCCUGGCAGGCACAGCCCUCCCCUCAUGCCAGCAAAGAAAACGCUCUUGAUGAGAGGCUCACUCUAACAAAACCCACAUUUUAUGCGCUUACCUAAGGGCUUCUGGUGUUUCAGACUUCACGGCUUACACGUCUGAUGUUUCUAAGAGAAAAGGGGCUGCCUGCUGAGUGUUCUGUGGGAAAUGGGAUUAAACUGUACAACCUCAGAUUUUACUAAAAUGCAAAAAUGUAGUUUCAAUUUAAAUGAUAAACACAAGUCUUCUCAUCCUUUUCCACCAGUCUCUUGGUGCUAAGCACUUCAGUUUGGCCCAGCUGCUGCCACACCCCAGAUCCUGAGCAGUUCUUGCUGUGAGCUGCAGGGCACGUGUCAGGGACAGUCCACAGAACCCAGCCUGUCCCCUGCACUCACCCAGGCACCUCGGGUAAAGGGAUUCUCUGAAGCUCCUCUCAGACCCCAAUCCUAACUUCCCCUUGCUAGCUGGGAGCAAUUGGAGUUCCGUUCCUUCACCCGAAAAGCAAGGAUGCUACCAGCUACACUGUGUGGCUUGCCAAGAGCAUCCGUGUUUAUGGGUGGAGUGCUCAGUACAGGAAGUAACCAAGGCAUAGGUGUUAGGAUUAGUCUUUGCUGCCUCACUUGCCCGAGAGCCAGCUCUUCCCACCUGCAGCUCCCAGCAUCCUCCAGCUCGCUGCUCUGUGCUCACAGCCCCUCACCCCCUCCCGCCCAGUGUCACCCUGCACAGCGCCUAGGAUGCUUGUUUGUUCCAAUAAUGGGCCGCUCAGCUCUGCUGCACCUCAGCCAGGACCAGCUGGGCCCGCCCCUUCCUGGCAGUGCUGGUGGGCAGCAGCAUUGAAGGCCUCAGCACACCCACCAGGCCUGACUGUGAGGCAGACAGAUACCCCAGAGCCUUUCUGCAAUGCACAGUCUUCCUGAAGGUGCACCAUCAUCAUCAUCAUCAAGACAGGGUCCUGCUUUGUCGCCCAGGCUAGAGUGCAGUGGUGAGAACACUGCUGACUGCAGCCUCAACCUUCUGGUCUCAAACGAUCCUCCCCCCUCAGCCUCUGGAGUAGUUGGGACCACAGGGCCACCAUGCCUGGCUUUUUUCUUUUUUUUUCUGAGAUGGAAUCUUGCUCUGUUGCCCAGGCUGGAGUGCAAUGACAUGAUCUCGGCUCACUGCAACCUCCACUUCCUGAGUUCAAGCGAUUCUCCUGCCUCGGCCUCCCAGUAAGUGUUUAAGUGAUUCUCCCACCUCAGCCUCCCAAGUAGCUGGGAUUACAGGCGCCUGCCACCACACCCGACUAAAUUUUGUAGAGACGAGGUUGAGACACUUAUAUCAAGGUCUCACCUCUCUGUGCUCCAUGGGACAGGACUCAGGACAAGUUCUCAAAAGCAGCUUUUGAGAAAAGCUAGGCCCUACAGCCCACCCCAGGCAGAUGGAAGAACUUCCCCUCUGAACAAGGUCAAGAUGAAGCCAAAAACCAGCUUGCUGGCACCGUUCACAUGGGGCUGGCUCCUUCAACCAGUCACAUGGACUGCAAGUCAUGUAAGGUGCCACCUGUGACACAGAUCUGUGCCUGCUCUGUCGCUCCUGCCCAAAGCUUGGCCAACAAAACAAACAUUUAUGAAGGUAAGCCCAGGCACACCCCUAACUCCCAGCCUCCAGACCACUUGUCUCUCCAUUCUGACUCUCAAUGAAAUAUGGUCCCCAGAAAGUUACAAGCUUGGACUGGAGCCUCCUUGCAGAAAUUCUCGCCUUUAAAGAACCAAAGCUUUCAAAAUCUUUCAGCUCUUCUGUUUCUGCACUUUUCGUUAUUUUUUAGCCAUAUGCUUUGCAGCAGAUGGUCACGGCAUGACUGUCACAGGAGUAACUUCUUUCAGACCUCACGGUCCAAGUUUAUCCUGCCAGAUAAACCGGUAUGUUUCUUGUUAGACAUUCGGAGCUGAUUUCUCUCUUUGCCUUGGCUUUAAGGAAGCUCUGAGCUAAUUUAUGCAGUUUUCUUUUGCCCCACGCUGCCAGAAAUAAUAAUGCUCAUUUCCAAUUUUGUUUUUUUAGACUUUUACGUGACUGUAAUCCUUUAUCUUGUAUGGUUGCAAUUUAAACAUAGUGCAAGGGGAACCCUGCCUGAGUACAGCACCUCAGACUCAGAAAGACCCACCACAAAUACCAAAAGAUUUAUUGUAGACAAUUUUGUUACACAAUUAUACACGUUAUGAUAAACAUUUGAAACAUUA